AGCGGAAAGAAACGUCGGACGCCAGAGCCACGUGGUAUAGUGUGUCAUGGACCGGGGUGGUGACGGAGAAGCCUUCUGCUCCAUACCUAUCGUCUCCUUUCUUCUCUCUUCUUUCCACCCAUGCCGCCGGGGCAUUUUGCGGCGUCGGUCGGGCCCCGCCGGAGGUUCAGUCAUGGCAGGGGUGUUCUCCUACGAGAGCUUGGUCCAUGCUGUGGCUGGGGCUGUGGGUAGUAUGACUGCAAUGACUGUGUUUUUCCCCCUGGAUACAGCUAGACUAAGACUUCAAGUUGAUGAAAAACGCAAAUCUAAAAGAACACACACAGUUCUUUUGGAGAUAAUAAAAGAAGAAGGCCUCCUGGCACCAUAUCGAGGGUGGUUUCCUGUCAUCUCCAGCCUUUGUUGCUCCAACUUUGUCUAUUUCUAUACAUUUAACAGUUUAAAAGCUGUGUGGGUCAAAGGCCAUAAUUCAACCACAGGAAAAGACUUGAUUCUUGGGGUGGUUUCAGGUAUAGUGAAUGUAUUGUUGACUACUCCCCUGUGGGUAGUGAACACCCGUCUGAAACUCCAGGGGGCCAAAUUUAGAAAUGAAGACAUUAUACCAACAAACUACAAAGGCAUUGUAGAUGCCUUUCAUCAGAUAGUAAGAGAUGAAGGAAUCUUGGCUUUGUGGAAUGGUACUUUCCCCUCACUGCUAUUGGUGUUCAAUCCUGCCAUACAGUUCAUGCUCUAUGAAGGUCUUAAGCGGAAUAUUCUGAAGAGGCAACUGCAGCUUUCUUCACUGGAUGCGUUUGUUAUUGGAGCAAUAGCCAAAGCAAUUGCCACUACUCUCACUUAUCCUAUGCAGACAGUGCAGUCAAUUUUACGGUUUGGACGUCACCAGCUGAACCCAGAAAACAAGAGACUAGGCAGCCUUAAGAAUAUUAUGUACCUUCUUCGACAGAGAAUAAAGCGCUUUGGAUUAGCAGGUCUCUAUAAAGGGCUUGAAGCAAAGCUGCUCCAAACAGUCCUCACGGCUGCACUGAUGUUCCUUGUCUAUGAAAAACUUACUGCUGCUACUUUCACAGUCAUGGGAUUAAAGCGUUCACUGAGGAACUGAAUUAUGGGUCUCUACAGGGCAUUAAACUUAAGGAAAGAAAGACACAAUAUGGGAAAUGACAGUGCCACAGAAGUUUCCUCUCAAAGGCUACAGUACUCUUUCACUAUGUUCUUAUUCUCAAUUACAUUCUGAAGCUUUCUCUGAAGGGAAGCUUGAAGAGUGAUCUGGAACUAUCCACUGCUAGUCACUGUAUAGUGGCUUGCUCAUCUUCCUUUGUGGAUAUUUUGAUUUGGAAGCAAAAUUGAAUGUUAUAUUCAGUACUGAGAAAAAAAAGUCUAUUGGAGGACUUCAGUUUCUCUCUAUGGGAACUAAGGUAUUCCUCAUUGUGUGUUUUUUUUCUUGCAUUUUAAAGUAGCUUUCAUCAUUCUUUCUGUUUGCUGUCAGUGUGUUUCAGGGAUUUGAUAUUGUAUAAUCUCCUUCAUGAUUGGUCCAUUAAAAGUCUUCAUAAAGAA